UGUGGGAAGUCAGAAGAGACCCAGUUCCUCAUGGGAAUGCAACUCAUCUCCAAAAAGGAAGAUCAACUUCCUUGGCUAAUUAAGCAUCACUAGGGCUCCAAGAUAGUUCUGGUUUGGAGGCUGCUUUGAAGACAGCUAACAGGGGCCAUGACCACCCUCUCUCCGGAAAACAGCCUUUCUGCUAGACAGUCAGCCUCCUUCAUCCUGGUGAAGAGAAAACCAUCCAUUGACAAGACGGAAUGGGACGGCUUCUUUGACGAGAAUGGCCACUUGGCCAAGUCGCGGGACUUCAUUUGUAUUAACAUCUUGGAAAGGGGUCUGCACCCCCUCGUGAGGACGGAAGCCUGGAAGUUCCUCACAGGCUACUACUCAUGGCAGAGUUCCCAGGAUGAGCGGCUCGCAGUGGAUAGCACAAGGAGAAAGAACUAUGAGGCCUUAUGCCAGAUGUAUGAGAAGAUUGAGCCCCUUCUAGAAAACCUGCACCGGAACUUCAUAGAGACUCGGAAUAACAUCACACACGACAUUCGGAAACUCUAUGACAAAGACCCCUUGGGCAAUGUCCUCAUUGACAAGAAGAGGCUAGAGAAGAUCUUGCUACUAAGUUACGUCUGCAACACCCAGGCAGAGUAUCAGCAGGGCUUCCAUGAGAUGGUGAUGCUCUUUCAGCUGAUGGUGGAGCACGACCACGAGACCUUCUGGCUUUUCCAGUUCUUCCUGCAGAAAAUGGAGCACAGCUGUGUCAUCAACAUUGGGGUGGGCAAGAACCUUGAAAUGCUCAACAACCUGAUCACCUUCCUGGACCCCAUGUUUGCUGAGCACCUGAAAGGGAAGGGUGCCGGGGCUGUGCAGUCCCUCUUUCCCUGGUUCUGCCUCUGCUUCCAGCGUGCCUUCAAAUCCUUUGACGAUGUCUGGAGACUCUGGGAGGUGCUGCUGACGGGGAAGCCCUGCAGGAACUUGCAGGUGCUGGUGGCCUACAGCAUGCUGCAGAUGGUGCGGGAGCAGGUGCUGCAGGAGAGCAUGAGUGGGCACGACAUCCUUCUGGCCUGCAACAACCUCAUCGACCUUGAUGCUGAAGAGCUGAUCUCCAGCACAUGCGUGGUUUAUGCUGAGCUCUUCCAAAACGAUGUUCCUCAGUCAUUAAAGGAGUUCUUUCUCUGA